ACUACACAUCGCUUAUUAAUGUAAUAUGAAUAAUAGAAAUAAUAAACGUAGCACGCAGCAACACGAUGAUCACGGGUCAAACCAUCCGGCGAAGCUGCUGUACCUACCAGCAGAGCCAUUUGAUAACGUACAAGGCACAAUCAAGAAAUUAGCCGAGAAGGCAUCGGAAAACGUAUCAACAUGGCGAUCUAGACUUGAAAAUAGAGUACUUAGCCUUAAUUACGCAGCAAGGGAAGAGCCUACUUCCCUAGCAGGCUACCAACCUAUACAAUACACCGUUAGACACCCGUAUUCCAAAUUUUGUGGGCUUAGCAAUCGAGCUGCUAAACGAGCAGGAUUGCUAAAACACCCCAAAACAAUACCUUAUGAGCAUGCAAUCUUACUACAUAACCUAUGGACGGAGUAUGUUACCGAUGUACUGGGCAAACAUACACAACCAGCACAUAUAGCAAGAUCACUGGCACUGUGUGACCUCCAGGGAGCUAUCAUAGAUAUACAAUCAAGCCAGUGCCCAUCGUACGUAGGCGUCAAGGGCAUCAUACUAACCGAAACACAAAAUGCAUUCAACAUCGUAAAGCCAGACUCAAGCGUCAUAACAGUGCUUAAAAUAGGUACUGUAUUCACCAUUACAUGGCAAGAUUGGACAUUCCAUAUCUACGGCUCACAUCUUAUCGCAACACCAGCACAGCGGAGUAAGCGGAAGCUUAAAGCCAAAGCUACAUUGUAGCGUCAUUGAUAUCGUCAUUUACCUGAUAUCCGUCA